UUUUCUUGAUGUUUUCGCCUUUCUAUUGGUAUUCUGAAUCCUGCUACUGCUUUCUUAUUCAGUUCAAAUUAAUUAAAAGCAAGUCCACUGAGCUUUCGUUUUUCUCUCUCUUUGUUUAUAUUUUCGUGGGUGUUUAAGCAUAUUCUAAUGACAAAUAAUAGUGGAGGUGAAACUUUGACAUCAUUUGAUAAUUCAUUUGCAAAGCUUCCUGAUCAUCUCCUCACAGAAAUCUUUAUCCGAGUUCCUGUGUCAGAGUGGGUACAAAUAUCUUGUGUGAAAAAGCAGUGGGCCAACCUGUUUCGUGAAGAAUAUUUUUGGCAAGCAGCUUUAGUAAGGACCUAUCCUUUGGCUAGCCAAGCUAAAAGGUGGCCUGGACCUAUCCCACGAGGUUUGAGCCGGAGGAGAUAUGCAGCUCUGUAUGUAAGUAGACACAUAUUUUCUCUGGACGAUGAGAUCGAUGAAAUUGUGGGACAUGCUUAUUUGUUUUUGAAAGAGCAGCUCGAGCGUUCAACUAUGCCACCUCCUUCUGGGAUACUACAUGGGACCAUAAUUGAUCAGUUUAUUGCCUGUGGUAAAACAAGAGACACGGCUCAUGAGCUUGCUUCCCAAAUCUGGCUGGCUGUUCUUGACAAUUUAGAGGAAAAUGAGCACACGUUUCUAAUACUCAAGCGCCUUGCACUAGAGGGUGAUGUUUUUCUUCCCUACCCAUACUCAAGAUCGGUCAAAGUCCAAUGGAGGGUGUUCGAAAAGCUCUUCACCGACUUUCGUGACUGCUUCAAUCAUGUAGAUUAUUAUGAUGUCUUGGCUUGUGCAAAGAACAAGUUUCAGCCAAUUCCAUCUUCUUGGUUAGGUUACUAACCCACCUCAAAAAUUCAUGUCCAGGGGACCAAAAUAUGAACCAUUACUUCUAUAUAUAAGGAGGUCAAAUUUUGCCUACGCUUUGCUGAUUUAGCCUUCAUGUGUAAAAAGCUGAAAAUCCAAAUACCAUGCUAGGCCUGUCACAGAAUUCAUAAGCAAACUGUAUACUAAAGCAGUUAAAUCAGUAUGAUGAAAAGAAAAUAUUCAAGUAGAAGAUAUUUAUUACUUUGAAACCUAUAAAUAAAUCUAUAUAUUUUUUUCUCA